GGCUCUGAAACUAACCAAAGAUCAACCAAGAGUACCUUCUGAGAAGUAUUUUAGUAAAAAAUAACUAACAAAAUGCACAAAAUCCUGUUCGUGUGUUUAGUUAGCUGUUUUGUAAUAAGCUGCAAUGCCGGUGCAGUUUCCUUCAUUAAGCCAUGCAAGUUCGACGACAAAGCCUGUCUCUUGUCUUCGGCCCAAGCAGCGCUACCCCAUGUAGCUGCUGGUAUCCCAGAACUCGGAGUGCCCACAGCUGAUCCUCUCGUCUUGGAAGAAAUCAACUCAAAACAAGACGGACUAGAUAUCCAGUUCAAAAACCUUAAAGUUGCUGGCCCUGGAAAAUGCAAAUUCGUAUCUAUUUCUGUUGACGGUGACAAGAGCACGCUGACUUUCGACGUGGAGUGCCCGAUCACAGCCACUGGUCAGUACAAAGUUGGUGGCAAGCUGCUGGUGGUGCCUAUCGAGGGAGAAGGUGACUGUGAAAUUAAGACUGAUAAAAUCAAGCUGUCCGUUAUCACUCAUAUGGAUCAAACCGCUGGGUCUGAUGGCAAACAGCACUGGAACAUUGUGUCCUACGAACAUUCCUAUGAGCCUGAGGAACAGAUCCACUUCAGACUCGACAACCUAUUCGGUGGUAACCAGGAAAAGGCCCAACCCGUCAUGGAGAUCCUCAACCACAGCUGGAAGGAAGUCAUCCUGACCAUCGGCAAGCCCAUCAUCGCAGAGAUCAUCCACCAGGCUAAAGAAGUAAUUCAAUCCUUCCUUCACGCAGUCCCAGCCGAUGAACUCUUCCUGGCUUAAGUUGUAUUUGCAAGUAAUUAUAUAUAACCUGUAAAAUGAAGCUUAUUGUUGUAUGUUACGCUCAAUAAAGGUUGGCUUUUAUUUUUCUA